AGGGACAUACAUGGAGUGAUGGGUCGUUUCUCGCUUCCCAUUGCCAUCAACUUAAAUAAAUAUUUACUUUUAAUUGUAUAAUUCGCAUUUUAACGUAUUUUAAAUUUACAUUUUAAUUAAUCACAAGAUUUUUACUUGGUGGCAACAAAUUCACUGUGCAAUUAAUGAAGACAGCGAUUGUGGGCGUGGGCGUGGAGAUAUAAAUGAUGGCCUCUUUAAUUAGGACUUUUAGAAAUUAAAUAAAUUGUAAAUUAUUAGUGUGAUAUUUAAAAUCUUUCAAAAUGAGUGUCCAAAUAAACGAGAUUUUACGAAACGCCGAAUUAGCCAGGGAGCAAGCUUUGGUUGGCAAUUAUGAGAUGUCUACAGUCUAUUAUCAAGGCGUCGUCCAGCAGAUUCAUCGCUUGUUGGCUACAAUUGUUGACCCCACGAGAAGAACGAGAUGGCAAGAGAUCCAACACCAGCUUGCCGUAGAGUACGAAAACGUCAAGGGGAUCCAAUCCCAAUUAAAUAUGUUUCGUCACGAUGGCGGAGGAGACAAUCGAGGUCUUGGCCCCAUGCCCGUGUUACGGAUGCCUUCCUACGAGGAGCCCACGAGGGACGCCAACAUGUGGGGUGGUACAAGUGGGGCGGGAUUUGGUGGGCCUGGUGGCGAUAUGUGGGGUCAACCAAAGCGGGACCCAGACGUAUGGCCGCCAGCGCCGGAUAGACCACCACCUGGUGUUGCACAACAACAGCCAAAACCAGUUCAACGACGUGGUGCUGGUGCCAAGGCAGCUACAGCUGGACCUGGUCGCGGUCAUGGAAGAAAUGCUGCCCCGGCAGGUAGAAAUCAAUCAAAAACCGCACCUACAACUGGCGGCCGUGGCGGUGGUGCUGCUAGUCGUGGGGGUGCUGCCCCCGGCGGAAGGACCACGUACGGGAAUGUUACCAAAGAUGAUCAAAGCGUCAAUAAAGAUGGGAGCAAGCCAGCUGAUGGAAGCAAUAAAGAGGGUGAACAUGGAGAAGAUGACAGAAAAUUUGAAGCAGAUUGUCACAUGGAUGCAGAUUUAGUGGACAUGUUGGAACGCGAUAUUCUACAAAAACAUCUAAGCGUUCAUUGGGACGAUAUAGCUGAUCUGGCGGAAGCAAAACAGUUGUUGCAAGAAGCUGUAGUGUUGCCCAUGUUGAUGCCCCAGUUCUUUACCGGAAUUAGGAGACCUUGGAAGGGAGUUCUGAUGGUGGGUCCACCGGGCACUGGGAAAACACUGCUGGCCAAGGCUGUUGCAACAGAAUGUGGAACAACAUUUUUCAACGUGUCCUCGUCAACCCUGACAUCGAAAUAUCGUGGAGAAUCCGAAAAAUUAGUCCGACUUUUAUUCGAAAUGGCCAGAUUUUAUGCUCCAUCGACCAUCUUCAUUGAUGAAAUUGAUUCUCUCUGCUCUCGACGUGGAUCAGAAAAUGAGCAUGAAGCUAGUCGGCGAGUCAAGUCCGAAUUGCUAGUGCAAAUGGAUGGAAUCAAUUCUGUCGGAAAUGGAGAAGAGCUUAAAAUGGUCAUGGUGCUUGCGGCAACAAAUUUUCCGUGGGAUAUCGACGAGGCACUGAGACGUAGAUUAGAGAAACGAAUUUAUAUCCCAUUGCCGACAAAUGAGGGUCGACUAAAACUGCUGGAUAUAAAUCUUCGAGAAGUUCAAUUAGGUGAGGACGUCAAUCUACGGACAAUUGCUCGUAAAUUGGAUGGGUAUUCUGGGGCAGAUAUCACUAACGUUUGCAGGGACGCAUCAAUGAUGGCAAUGCGACGUCGGGUAGCUGGCUUAAAACCGGAGGAGAUUCGCACCCUUCCUAAAGAAGAAUUGGACCUUCCUGUUACUCAGCAAGAUUUUGACGAAGCGUUAAAGAAGACCAACAAAAGCGUUAGUCAGGAUGAUUUGGAAAAAUACGAAAAAUGGAUGGCUGAAUUCGGAUCAUCCUAAUAAUCAAUAACGAUAAUCAACAUUCCAAUAAGAAGAAUCAUUCCUCCACACACACAAUUUUUAAUAUUUUUAAUAACACUUGAAAUGCAAUUCCAUGGAUGUUUAAUCUCUCCGUCCAUUAGUCCAGCUACGCAUGGAAUGGAUCACCAACUAAUCAAUAAUUAACAGCAAAAUAAUAAUUCUCAGCUAAAAUAUGUAUGUAAUUUUUCUGUGAUAAUGACGUUUUAAACUUUAUAUGUAACUAAUAUUUUAACCAUUUUAACCUGUAACUAUUUUAAUCUUGCACGUUCAAAACGCAUAACAUUUUUUAACUCUCAUUGUUUUUAAAUUAAUGUUUUACACCUAAUGUCAAAUUUAAAAGUGUGAAAUUCACGAAUCACUAUAUUUUGUCUAAAACUCUUUAUUUGUUUGAUUAAAUAAAUAAACCGUCGCAAACGCGCAUACGGAAGUAGCUUCAGACGUA